AUUGGCGCAAUGUGGUUAAUGUGCAGCGCGCCAUGAAGCCCCAGUCGUGUCAAGAGCCAGCCGGCACUCAGUAGCCGUCAUGAUGAGAGAGCUCGCUUACCUCCUCUUCAUCGCUGUGGUUAGCGGUAACCCAGCGGCGGACAAGCCAUGGUACUGGACGUUUUCGAGGCCACUUGUUACCCCAACUGGUACUCUAGCUGGAUCGAUAAGGUCGUCUCGCAUCGUGGGCGGCGUGGAGGCGGUGCCCCACUCCUGGCCUCAUCAGGUGGGUCUUUUCAUUGAUGACUUGUUCUUCUGCGGCGGCUCCCUCAUCUCCAACGAGUGGGUGUUGACUGCCGCGCACUGCAUGGACGGAGCGGACUUCGUGGAGGUGGUGAUGGGGGCUCACAACAUCAAAAGGAAUGAGCCAUGGCAACUUACAGCAAACAGCACCGACUUCUUCACCCACGAGGAUUGGAAUGCCACGAUGCUCACCAACGACAUUGCGCUCAUCAGACUUCCCUUCUUCGUAACAUUCAAUAGCUACAUCAAUUCCAUCCGCCUGCCUUCCUCUGCCAUUGGAACGGGUCAAGUUGUCGUCGCCACAGGCUGGGGCAUCUACUCCAAUGAUGAGUCGGCCAUAUCACCGGUUCUGCGGGAGGUGCAACUAACGAUCAUCAGCAAUGCAGCAUGUCGGGAAGCAUACCACUACUACAUUCAUCCAUAUGUUGUCUGUAGCGAUGGCUCCCCCGGCAAAGGCACCUGCAAUGGUGACUCAGGCAGCCCCAUCAACAAAGACGGGGAGAUCCAUGGCAUCACAUCGUUCGGGGCCGCUGUGGGAUGCGCGGUGGGCUUCCCAGACGCAUUCACGCGCAUCUACCACUACCUCGAUUGGAUCCACGACAAGACUGGAAUCACCCCUUAAACGACGCUACCAGACUGGGAAUAGUGACACUACAAAACUCUGAAGGACACACACACACACACACACACACACACACACACACACAGACAGACAGAAACAGAAAGACACUACAGCCUUCAGAUCUGUGGCCUUUUUGAAGUAACGGGAGAAACUUAAGAACAGCCACCUUUGUGUCAUCUCUUCAGCAACAACAAGCUGUUACUUCCACUCUCCCUCCCUCCCGCUCUCUCUCUCUCUCUCUCUCUCUCUCUCUCUCUCUCUCUCUCUCUCUCUCUCUCUCUCUCUCUCUCUCUCUCUCUCAUUAAUACGUAUUGCAAGUGUGCUGACUGAUUUGAACUCCCAAUUACCGAAAAUUAAUGGAACGUAAAAGAAGAUAAAAAAAAAAUCGCUCUAAAC